UUCCAACGGCCGGGGAAGCAAGCACCGGAAGUGCCUGCCCUGGAAGGUGGAGUCCGGGCAGUGGCGGCGGCGGCGGUUGCCAGGUUCCCGCGUUGCCGCUUGAGACCCGUAAUAUGGCGGGGAGGAGGAGGAGAAGGCGACGUUGGAUCAAGCUGCACUCUGUCAGUGCCAUCUGAACUACGUGCUUCCUGACGAGGCCCGGAGCGAGGAAAGAAAAGCUGUUGGGGCUGUGAGGGACCAGGAAUCAAGCACUGUCGCUGCCUUCCAGAAAUUCAUAGUCAUCAUCAUCUUCAUAAUGAAAGCAGCCCCCAUUUUUGAUGGUUUCUGAUGUCCUUCACUAUGCUAAUUGCCCUACAUGCAUUAUCUCAUUGAAUCCUCACAAAAUCCCUUUGAGAGGGAUACUCUGAUUAUCCCUGUUUUACAAAUGAAGAAACCGAGGCACGGAGACGGUAAGUGACUCAGACAGCUAGUCAGUAUGUAUCUGAAUGAGAAACCUCACCCUUACUGCCUGGACCAGGAGUUUACAUCUUGUGGAGGACUGAUGGGUGGGUAAACCAUCAGCUCAGAUCUGAAAAACAAGGCAGGAACUGUUCUGUUACUUUUGUCAUUCUCAUCAGUGACAUUUUUGGCAGAGUACUGGUGAGGUGCAGAUAGUAGAGCCCUGAGUAUAUGGGGUUUGCUAAGAGGCUCAAGUGGAGAAGGGUCAGUAAUACUUGUAUGGUAUAAAUGGAGAAGACAAAGCAUGUCUGAACUUGUUGCAACUGACAGAUUAUUAAUGGAAGUGGACCAGUAAUGCCUGAUGGUAAAGUAUGGGGCAGUAGAUUUGUGGCUGGGUGGCCUUGUAGUCAAAUGCACCCUUAAAAUACAGCCUGGCUGACAGUGGUAAUUGUGGUGUGAGAAAUGUUGUGCCCUCAUCCUUAAUCGUAUGGGUACGGACGGCUCAUUUUUUAAAUGGUUGCCUUUGCACUUUAGAGGUACCAGUUUCUCUGAGAACAGAGUCACACAUGAAACUACUGUCUCUAAAUUCCCUUCUUACUUCUUUGGUAUUCCUCUUUUUCUGGUUUACCUUAUUGUUUGAGCUAAUUACCCUAAUUCAUUUAUUCCAUACUUUUAUCGAGUACCUAAUGUGUGCAGACACUACGUAACGGGGAUUCAGUGGUGAGCAAGACUGAGAAGGGACCUGUCGGGGAUUCAGUGGUGAGCAAGACUGAGAAGGGACCUGUGCUUAUGGAGCUUACAUUUUGGUGGAGGAAGACAGAAAAAGCCAAGGAAGUAGGAUAAUUUCAGACAGUGUGUGAUUGUGGGAAAAUGGAGGAGUAUGAGAAGUUCUGUGAGAAAAGCCUUGCCAGAAUCCAAGAAGCAUCACCACCUGGGGAGAGCUUUCUACCUGUCCAAUCUGAAAGCAUCUCUUUAAUUCGCUUCCAUGGAGUGGCUGUCCUUUCUCCACUGCUUAACAUUGAAAGAAGAAAGGAAAUGCAACAGGAAAAGCAGAAGGCCCUUGAUGUAGAAGCACGAAAGCAGGUUAAUAGGAAGAAAGCUUUAUUGACUCGUGUCCAGGAGAUUCUUGAAAAUGUUCAGGUUAGAAAAGCACCUAAUGCCAGUGAUUUUGAUCACUGGGAGACUGAAACCAUUUAUUCUAAUUCAGAAGUCACAAACUUGAAUGUCCCUGCUACAUUUCCAAAUAGCUUGCCAAGCCCUACUGAACGGUCUACUUCAGCAAAGCUUGAAAAAAUGACUGGAGUUUUGCCUUUGGAUAAUGAGGACCAGUUUAGAUCUAAUGGAAUAGACUUAGCUAGUGACUCAGAAGAAUUUAGCUCUCUGAGGCAAUGUGAUGGUUCAGGUAAUAAUCAUGCAGAAAAUGAAGCUUCUCCAAAGACCUCUUCAGCAACCCCACAAGAGACUCUGGUUUCUUAUAGUCGAUUCCCGAAAAAUGAAGAACACGAUCCAUCACUUUUGGAAGAAGUCACUCCAGAUCCCUACAUAAUGAGUCUUCAAAACCUAAUGAAAAAGUCAAAGGAAUAUAUAGAAAAAGAACAAGCUAAACGCACUCUGAGAAGCAGUGCAAAGAGCAGUUUUAAUGAGAGUCUUUCAGACAAAGAAAAUGAUGCUGUUAAAGUGACUGAAUGUGUAAAGGAGAAACCCCAGUUGAUAGGCAAAUUCUGCGGCUCAGUUAUUCCUGACAAGCCAAGCCUUAAUAAAUCAAAUGUUCUCCUCCAAGGUGCUUCCCCUCAAGCAAGUGGCCUGAACACAUCCGUUUUAGGUAGCUUUUCUAAAGUGGACAUACCUAUGCGAACUGGCCAUCCUGCUGUUUUAGAUUCUGAUUUUAAAGCCGUUCCCACUCCUGUUCCUGAAAAUAAUGCUAUCAAAAGUCUUACUGGUUCAUAUGCCAAAUUACCUAGUCCAGAGCCAAGUAUGAGUCCUAAAAUGCAUCGAAGACGUUCAAGGCCAUCAUCAGCAUGUCAUAUACUUAUAAAUAACCCAAUAAAUGCCUGUGAAUUAAGCCCUAAAGGAAAAGAACAGGCAGUGGACUUAAUUGUUCAAGAUACUGAUGAAAAAACAAAUAUACCUGAAACUGUGCCAAAGUUACCAAUUGAUUUAGCAGGACGUUGUUCAAGCAAGGUUUAUGACUGUAGAAAUACACCUGAAACUAUAGAAGAAAUGGCUUUAGGUAAAUCAAAUCAGGUAUGUCAGUCUUCAGGAGAUCAGUUAGAAAAUAAAAUUAUUCACGGACUUGCUCCUGUGGAAGGUCAGGUAAUAUCUGAUGGGAGAGGACCACACAAAAUGAACAGUGCUUGUACCGUAGUGCCAAGAUCUCAUGAACCAUAUGGCAGCAGUCAAUGUAUAGCAAGUCAAAACUUUGGGACCAUGAGUGGUCUUAAGUCAGCCAAUGUGCUAGAGAAAAACUGCAGUUUACAGAUGGAACUGAAUAAGUCUUACGAUGUAAAGAACCCAUCUCCUUUACUGAUGCAAAACCAGAAUAAUAGACAACAGAUGGACACACCUACUGUGUCCUGUGGAAAUGACCAGUUUUUGGAAAACAGUUUUGAGAAAGUUAAACGGAGACUUGAUUUAGAUAUUGAUAGUUUGCAAAAUGAAAACUAUCCUUAUGUCAUAACAACUGGAAUAGCUGAACAAGAAAGGCAGCCUUUGUUGGAAAAAAGAUACCCUAAGGGGUCUGUCUGCAUUAACAAGAAUAAAAUGUUAGAAAAUAAUUCAAAAGAAGGUGAGGAGAUAUUAAAAAGCAAGAUUUUAGCUUUUGAAGAAAUGCGGAAGAGACUAGAAGAACAGCAUGCCCAGCAGUUGUCACUACUCAUAGCUGAGCAGGAAAGGGAACAGGAAAGAUUGCAAAAGGAAAUAGAAGAACAGGAGAAAAUGCUGAAAGAGAAGAAGGUGAUUACAGUGGAGCCCUCUGAAUUGGUCAGUAGCAAUGCGGCGGAGUUAGAAUGGAGAAAAAUAAGUGAUUCUGGCUUGCUAGAAACAGUGCUGUCGCAAAUGGAUUCACUACAUACUCCAAAUAAUUCUGGUUUUACGAAUUCUACCCUACAACAUAGCUUUGGUUCUGCAAAUGAAUCACCAUUCUACCUCUGGGGAUCAUCGACUAGUGGCUUAACCAAAAUCUCAGUAAUAAGACCUUUUGGAAGGGCCAAAACUAGAUGGUCUCAGGUUUUCAGUCCAGAAAUCCAAACAAAAUUCAACAAAAUAAGUGCUGUGGCAAAAGGGUUUCUUACUCGUAGGCUUAUGCAGACAGAGAAGCUGAAGCAACUUCGACAGACUGUGAAAGAUACUAUGGAAUUUAUAAGAAGCUUUCAGUCAGAAGCACCGUUGAAGAGAGGAAUUGUUUCAGCACAAGAUGCCUCUCUUCAGGAAAGAGUGUUAGCUCAGUUACGAGCUGCCCUAUAUGGUAUUCAUGACAUAUUCUUUGUAAUGGAUGCAGCUGAAAGAAUGUCUAUUCUACAUCAUGAUCGAGAAGUUCGAAAAGAAAAAAUGCUCAGGCAAAUGGAUAAAAUGAAAAGCCCACGAGUGGCUCUUUCAGCUGCCACACAGAAGUCUCUUGACAGGAAGAAGUACAUGAAAGCUGCUGAAAUGGGAAUGCCAAAUAAGAAAAUUCUCGUUAAGCAAAAUCCUUCUGAAGCAAGAGUCCUUCAGCCAAACCAAGGACAGAAUGCACCUGUUCAUAGGCUACUUAAUAGACAAGGAACCCCUAAGACAUCAGUGAAGGGGGUUGUGCAAAAUAGACAGAAGUCUUCACAGAGCAGAGUGCCUAACAGAGCGCCUGUUUCAGGAGUAUAUGCAGGAAAAAUCCAAAGAAAGCGGCCAAAUGUUGCGACAAUUUAAGAAGACAACAUUCACUAGGAUAAAAAAGGGGGAGGGUUAUUAUCUGCAAUAUGUUCCCCACCCAAGACUUUUUAUUUAAGCCUGGACUCCACUUACCCAGGCAAAGUGCUGUCAAAGGGCUGAGCAGUUACCUCGAUAACUUGAUCAGUCUGGUUAGUUCCUACCCCAUUCCCCCACAUGCCUCUUCAUAGUAGGUUUGGUGGAGAUAAAUUAGUGUUUAGUGAUUGCCUCUUCUCUGUACUUAACUUGUACAAACAUAAGUUUGUUUUAUGUGUCCAGAUGUCUGCAGAGAUCCUUUUUGUAAACUUAAAGAACAUUUGGUUUAUUUUACAAGAUAUUGAAAAGGUCUGACAAAUUACAGGUAAUUUCUAGACAUAAAUUUCAUUCACCUCUACAUACUGACUGCUGAAUUUGAUAGACAUGUUAGAUACUAUUCUGUUCAAGGAGAAACUGCAGAAGAAUGUUUUCCCUUGGUUUUAUAACUUUAAGCACUGAGUAGCCUCCCAAUCUGCAUAUUCUUUGAUUAACAGUAUAAUCAUAUAGGAUAAAACACUUGCCUGCUAGUUGUGGUUCAUCAAAAGAAGGAGCUGUGGGUCACUAUUUUGGUCAGAAGUAUACACAUUCCUGUCAACCACUAGUUGUUUUACAGAAAUAUUAGGUUUCACAUAUGUUGUGCAUUACCCAGUACUGUUAGAAGCAUUUCAACUAGAUUUUAAAAUCCUUCCUUCUGUGGAGGGGAACAAAUUUGGGGAAGACAGCACAAUCUUCUUGAAUGUAGCACUUAGGAAUUCAUUAUUACAUCCAUUUCUGUAAAAUAAGAAUGACGUUGCAUGCAGUUAUAUUUUCUAUUUAGUCCGCAUAUUUUGUUUCUUUAUAGUCUGCUUUUUCUAGCAUGCUUGACUGAAGAGAGAAUAAAGGGCAAUAUAAUAUAAUAAUUUCAGAUUUUCAAAUGGGAUAGUAAUAUUGUCUAGGUGAAAUUCUGCAUUACAUAGAGGCACUGAUGCAUAAUUUUUUUUUUAUCCUUUUAAUCACUAAUAUGUCAUAGCGACUCCAUAGGACAGGGUAGAACUGCCCCAUAGAGUCAUUAAAAAUAUCAACCAACAAAUGUUACCAAGGGAAUGUGAUUUUAGGAAAGAGAAUGUCACUGUUAAUUUAUCAUAUGAUUUCCAAAAAGGUCUUUGUGCUUCUCACAUAAAAUUGGAAUUGUGUACAUUUAAUCUUUCUAACUUGAAUUUUAAAGAGAUACUGGUAUUUUGAAAAUGCAGACUAUAUAUGUAUAUUGUUAAUAUCCUUUUAAGAAUAUAAAGAUAAAGAUUGUUUUCUCCAAUUUUCUGUUCCACUGAAAAUUUAACUUUUGCAUCCAGCCACAGACAAAAUAAUCAUCUACUCUGGGUAUAAACUUGGUUUACUCUAUUGAGAUGUAUCAUUUAUUAAAUGAAUGAACAAGAAAAUUAGAAGACAGUCAAAAAAAUCUGAGUUACCUUUUUUUUAAAUUCCUAGGCAAAGCAUAUAAAAUUAUCAUCUUUUUUAAUAUGAUAAACUGCUUUAUCAUUCUGAAAACUCAGGAUACAGCUUACUCAUAUCAUUGUGGGUCUCUCCAGUAAAAAGUUUUGUGUAAACUAAUUAGCUAAAACAAAUAGUGUUUUGGAGAAAGUGAAAACUAGUUUUAGAUUAAGGGUGAAAACUUGAGUUUUUUUUUCUAAUUUAAAGAUAAAAGUGUGUGUGUUUUACACAUUUUUAAUGUUCACAGCUUUUUCUCAUAAAAGUGCCCGACACCAUUUUGUGCUUUUGGUGGAAUUUUAUUUAUAUGUUAUUUUUUAUUAUUUUUACUUUGAGUGGAAUGUCCAUUAAUGUAAAUUGUUAUUUAUUUUUGUACUUUAAUUUUCACUAGUUUUGCUUCUAGGCAGAAGGCAAAAUAAACUUUUCAUCUUAAAGGAAAUCUGGUUUGAUCUUUUUUAUUUACCAAGGAAAGGACUAUUAAAGGAUAGAUAUUGAAAAGUAUCUGGCCAAAACAUAAAUAUUAUAUAUAAUUUUUUUUACACUUCAAAGUCUCCUGAAAAGUGUAUCCCACUAUUCAAUAUAGACCCUAUACCAGUGCUUAGUCCAGCAUUUAGGUUAGCAUAAGUUGGACUUCUCAGGAGGCAAAAGUUCACUAGCGCAGGAAAUGUCUUAACUGCUUAAGAGCCAGAAGUCUGUUAAGGGGAGAAUGGGAAGUAGAACUAGAAGAGAAGCUCCCAUCAAAGCUGCUAAAUUGCAUUGGAGAGCUUCACAUCUAUAUGCUAGCUUUAAGAAUACUGAUCUUGUUACUGCCUCAUCAUCCAAUAUAACCAUAGUAAGAUGCUCCCCAGCUUCAUCUCUUGCUGAGGAGCUGUUACAGUCGAUAGUCUCAAGGCAGUGUGGGAAAGUGCCUCACUUUCCUGUGGCCACCCUCCAAACUCUAGUUCACUUUGUUGGGAAUAGCGGAUAUGCCUUGAAACUUAAUACUGACCUGAAAACUGGAGGACCUAUCCUGGGAGUGGAAUUUUUUUUCUCCCCAUUCAGGGUUUACUGUCCCAUGAAGAACCACAGGCCACCACACCCAAAUGAAAAGUAUUGUUGCUUUUGUUGUGUGCCCUUGAGCCGAUUCUGACUCAGCGACCCUGUAGGACACAGCUGAAUUGCCCCAUGGGGUUUCCUAGGCUGUAAUCUUUACAGGAGCAGGUUGCCAGGUCUUUUUCUCCUAUGGAGAGGUUGGUAGGUUGGAACUGCCAACCUUUCAGAAAGCAGCUGAGCACUUUAACCACUUUACCACCAGGGCUCCGUAAAUAAAAAAGCUAAUAGUUAUUAAAAUAAGCAAAUGGAGUUGGAACGCUUUAUCUCUGUGGAACUGUAGUGGUGUAUAUCUAAGUUAUAAAAUAAUUUGUAAAAACGAAGACCUUUAGACAUCCAAUACUGCAAAUCAAGCUGGGACAUAGUGUCGUGCAGUCACAUUCUCGGUCGGAUUCUGAUGACAGCUCUGAGGGCAAAAAUUGUGUUUAGCCAAACUUAAGCUUCACAAUAAAAUAUUGCCUUUAUUUUUUAUCUGUUCUCUUCCUUCUUUGAUCAGUGUUUCUCUACUGCCUUCUAUUCUUCAAUUUCUCAAGGACAUUGACAAACUGUCAUCAGGACCAUGGUUUCGAUUCUCAACCUAGGGUGGGGAAAAUCCCGUAGUCAUUUGCAUUUUUCAUAAGUCUCAAUAAUCUGUUUCAGGAUUACUUCCAUUAUGUUUAGUAUACAUGAUAUAAGGAGCCCUGGUGGUGCAGUAGUUAAGCACUAGGCUGC